AUGUCGAGGCCCAAGGGAUUGUUAUGGCUCCCGUUGUUCUUCACCCCGAUCUGCGUCAUGCUCAACUCCAACGUCCUGCUGUGGAUCACCGCCCUCGCCAUCAAGUUCACGCUCAUCGACAGCCAAGCCCAGUACCCCGUCGUCAACACCAACUACGGCAAAAUCCGGGGGCUAAGAACACCGUUGCCCAAUGAGAUUUUGGGUCCCGUGGAGCAAUAUUUGGGGGUCCCCUAUGCCUCGCCUCCUACUGGGGAGAGACGGUUCCAGCCCCCAGAACCCCCUUCCUCCUGGACCGGUGUCCGGAAUGCCACCCAGUUCGCCGCCGUGUGCCCUCAACACCUGGAUGAGAGGUCUCUCCUGCAUGACAUGCUCCCAAUAUGGUUUACAGCCAAUCUGGAUACUUUGAUGACUUACGUCCAAGACCAAAAUGAAGAUUGCCUCUACUUGAACAUCUACGUGCCCACAGAAGACGGAGCCAACACAAAGAAAAUCGCAGACGAUAUCACCAGUAAUGAUCGUGGUGACGAUGAAGAUAUCCACGACCAGAGCAGCAAGAAGCCGGUCAUGGUCUACAUCCACGGCGGCUCCUACAUGGAGGGCACGGGCAACAUGAUCGACGGCAGCAUCCUGGCCAGCUACGGGAACGUCAUCGUCAUCACCAUCAACUACCGCCUGGGCAUCCUGGGCUUCCUGAGCACGGGGGACCAGGCAGCCAAGGGCAACUACGGGCUCCUGGACCAGAUCCAGGCCCUGCGGUGGAUCGAGGAGAACGUGGGAGCCUUCGGAGGGGAUCCCAAGAGAGUGACCAUCUUCGGCUCAGGGGCCGGAGCUUCCUGCGUGAGCCUCCUGACCUUGUCUCACUACUCGGAAGGUCUGUUCCAAAAGGCCAUCAUCCAGAGCGGCACGGCGCUGUCCAGCUGGGCCGUCAACUACCAGCCGGCCAAGUACACGCGCCUCCUGGCCGACAAGGUGGGCUGCAACAUGCUGGACACGACGGACCUGGUGGAGUGCCUGCGCAACAAGAACCACAAGGAGCUCAUCCAGCAGGCCAUCACGCCGGCCACCUACCACAUCGCCUUCGGCCCCGUCAUCGACGGCGACGUGAUCCCGGACGACCCCCAGAUCCUCAUGGAGCAGGGCGAGUUCCUCAACUACGACAUCAUGCUGGGCGUCAACCAGGGCGAGGGCCUCAAGUUCGUGGACGGCAUCGUGGACAACGAGGACGGGGUGACCCCCAACGACUUCGACUUCUCCGUGUCCAACUUCGUCGACAACCUGUACGGCUACCCCGAGGGCAAGGACACGCUGCGCGAGACCAUCAAGUUCAUGUACACCGACUGGGCCGACAAGGAGAACCCCGAGACGCGCAGGAAGACCCUGGUGGCCCUCUUCACCGACCACCAGUGGGUGGCCCCCGCCGUGGCCACCGCCGACCUGCACGCCCAGUACGGCUCGCCCACCUACUUCUACGCCUUCUACCACCACUGCCAGAGCGAGAUGAAGCCCAGCUGGGCCGACUCGGCCCACGGCGACGAGGUCCCCUACGUCUUCGGGAUCCCCAUGAUCGGGCCCACGGAGCUCUUCAGCUGCAACUUCUCCAAGAACGACGUCAUGCUGAGCGCCGUGGUCAUGACCUACUGGACCAACUUUGCCAAAACCGGGGAUCCGAACCAGCCCGUGCCCCAGGACACCAAGUUCAUCCACACGAAGCCCAACCGCUUCGAGGAGGUGGCCUGGUCCAAGUACAACCCCAAGGACCAGCUGUACCUGCACAUCGGCCUCAAGCCCCGGGUGAGGGAUCAUUACCGGGCCACCAAGGUGGCCUUCUGGCUGGAGCUGGUCCCCCACUUGCACAACUUGAACGAGAUCUUCCAGUACGUGUCCACCACCACCAAAGUCCCUCCCCCGGACAUGACCUCGUUCCCCUACGGCACCCGCAGGUCCCCGGCCAAGAUCUGGCCCACCACCAAGCGCCCGGCCAUCACGCCGGCCAACAGCCCCAAGCACAGCAAGGACUCGCACAAGACAGGGCCCGAGGACACCACGGUCCUCAUCGAGACCAAGCGCGACUACUCCACCGAGCUGAGCGUCACCAUUGCCGUGGGGGCCUCGCUGCUCUUCCUCAACAUCCUGGCCUUCGCCGCCCUCUACUACAAGAAGGACAAGAGGCGGCACGAGACGCACCGGCGGCCCAGCCCGCAGCGCAACACCACCAACGACAUCGCGCACAUCCAGAACGAGGAGAUCCUGUCGCUGCAGAUGAAGCAGCUCGACCACGACCACGAGUGCGACUCCCUGCAGGCGCACGACACGCUGCGGCUCACCUGCCCGCCCGACUACACGCUCACCCUGCGCCGGUCCCCGGACGACAUCCCACUCAUGACGCCCAACACCAUCACCAUGAUCCCCAACACGCUGACGGGCAUGCAGCCGCUGCACACCUUCAACACCUUCAGCGGGGGGCAGAACAGUACCAACCUGCCCCACGGACACUCCACCACCCGCGUAUAGCUGCGC